GUGGCUCUGUCACGUGACGCAGCGGAUUGCGCUCGAGCGGCUUUGCGGCCUGGCAGAAGAGGCUGAGGGAAGGCUGGGAGAGAGAAGCAGCUGAAGGGUGAAGAGAAGAGGGUUACGUUCCUUCACUGCGAUGUGGAAAGGUGGCCAACCGCCUGCGAGCUGCUUCGGUGUGAAAGCAAAGAUUUCACAGUGACUUGCAGACGCCAUGGUUGUGCCCCCCAUUGAUACACCCACUCCUCCCAACAUGGUAGCUGAUGUGGUUUUUGUUAUCGAGGGAACAGCGAACCUUGGGCCAUACUUUGAAUCCCUCCGGAAACAUUACAUUCUACCAGCAAUUGAGUAUUUUAAUGGUGGUCCUCCAGCAGAAACAGACUUUGGUGGUGAUUAUGGAGGCACACAGUACAGUUUAGUUGUGUUCAACACUGUGGAUUGUGCCCCGGAAUCAUAUGUGCAAUGUCACGCUCCCACCAGCAGUGCCUAUGAGUUUGUCACCUGGCUUGACAGUAUUCAGUUCAUGGGGGGUGGAGGGGAGAGCUGCAGCUUGAUUGCAGAGGGACUCAGCACGGCACUGCAGCUGUUCGAUGACUUCAAGAAAAUGCGAGAACAAAUUGGGCAAACUCACAAAGUUUGCGUUUUGAUCUGUAACUCUCCACCGUACCUGCUGCCGGCUGUGGAGAGCACCACGUACUCGGGCUUCACAACAGAUAAUCUGGUGCAGAUGAUUGGAGAUAGAGGGAUUCAUUUCUCCGUGGUGUCUCCUCGUAAACUACCUGCCUUGCGUGUACUCUUUGAGAAAGCGGCACUGGGAAAUGUCGUGGAGAGUCCGUUGAAGGACUACAGUCAGGACCCACGCCAUAUGAUAAUGAUCCGGGGGAUGGUGCUUCCAGGUGGAGGAACAGUUGCAGUUAACACACUGCCACAGAAGCCAGCUCCACCACAGCCACAACCAUCAACGCAGCAACAGCCAAGUCUGUUGUCGAGUCAACCACAGGCACCCCAGCUAUCGCAAUCACAGCCACCAUCACAGUCCCAAGCGAUGCCAUCAGUCUCGCAGCCAUACCAGGGCCCGGCAGUGUCUGGCUCCCUUGCUGCUGCUCAAGCUGCUGCUCAGAUUGCCGUGGAAACAGCGACCAAUCAGCUCAAGGCAGCUGUUGUCCCAUCAACCAAUCGAUUUCCCGCAGUCAGUCAAAUACCUCCUGCUUCUGGUGUGGGAGCUAUAUUCAGCCAGGCCACUCCGCAAACAUUAACAACCACCCCUGUGACCAGUAUUGCCAAAGUCAUCCCAUCCACGGCUUCCAUGAUGACUGCAGCGGCACAGUCUAGCCUGGUAUCCACAGUUACCACUGGCGUUCCAUUACCACAGCAGCCACAGGCCGCACAGCAGCCCAGCCAGCAGCCCAUGCAGACCGUGGGUGUUGGAGCUGGUGCUGGAAAUGUCGUCGGAGUGACUGUGGCACCUCCACCUCCUGGAUCGGUGGCCAAUAAGAUCCUAGCAUGGAGUGGGGUUUUGGAGUGGCAGGAGAAACCCAAACCUGCAUCAGUGGAUUUAACUGCAAAGCUGACGAGAUCGCUUCCAUGUCAGGUGUACGUCAACCCAGGCGAGAACCUGAAGACAGACCAGUGGCCUCAAAAACUAAUCAUGCAGCUCAUUCCACAACAGCUAUUGACAACACUCGGACAUUUAUUCCGUAAUUCUCGAAUGGUUCAGUUUCAGUUCACGAACAAGGAUUUGGAGUCGUUAAAGGGACUGUAUCGAAUCAUGGCCAAUGGCUUUGCGGGUUGUGUCCAUUUUCCACACAGUGCUCCCUGUGAGGUCCGUGUCUUGAUGCUGCUGUACUCCUCCAAGAAGAAAAUCUUCAUGGGUUUGAUCCCAAAUGAUCAGAGUGGUUUUGUGAAUGGAAUCCGACUGGUCAUAACCAACCACAAGAAAGCGCAGCAGCAGAAAAUUGAACAGCAGAGGAAUCAAAUGAGUGGGACACAGCCAAUGGGGACUGGAUCUAUACCCACUCCAGCAUUUAUGCAGAAGCCACCUGGGGCAAUGCCAGUGUCACAAGGAGUGCAGCAGCAACAGAUACCAGGUCAGCCAGUGACCACCUCAAUACCUCAGGUUCACACGGUAACGACAAUGGACGACCAACAGCGGCAGCAGAAUCUGCAGCAGCAGAUGCAGCUCAGAGUGCAGCAGCAAGCCCAGGCUGCGACACAGCAGCAACAAUCAGGCGGCCCACCUCAGAGUCAGCCUCAGGCUCCGCAGCCGACCGGAGCCCUGCUCCGACCACCCAAUCCUGGUGCUAACCCACAGCUUCGCAGCCUGCUUCUCAGUCAACAAACAUCGCAGAGUGGGGUUCCACAACCUCAGCAACCCAUGCACCAUAUCCAGCAGCAAGCCUCGCAGAUGCUUUCCCAUCAGUCCAUGGGUCAGCAGAUGCCCCAUCACACUCAAGGACAACAACUCCAGAUGCAAGGGCAACAGCUAAUGCACCAAGGUCCGGGGCAGCCAUGGGGCAGCCAGAUGGCACAGCGCCCACCUUUACAAGGCCAGAUGAUGAUGAAUGCAGGCCCGCGGGGCCCAGUCCCUCAGGGUGGGUUGCAGCAAGGCACGAGUCUGUUGGAGGAGGAGAUUCUGAUGGAUCUCAUUUAAAUGCUUCUCGAGUUUGACUUCCCUUUGUGCAAGGUGUGGACAUGACGUAUGGAAGCCCAAUAUUGAAGUCAGCGAGAUGAACUACUUCCCGACCUACAAGGGAAAACAAAGAAAUUCGCAUUUGACUUGCUGUCCUUUUUGAAUGGGUUAGUGGUAGGAACUGGAAGACUCUGUGUUUGUUUUUUUUUCAAAUAUAUUCGGCUAUCUCAGAAAAUCAGAGGGGAUUGGGUGGAUCAGACAACCCAAUUGGUACUGAAUCCCUUUUUUUAAAGGGACGGGUUGAGUUUGAAAGUUACAUCUGAUAUAGUUGGAAGGUUGCUUUCAGUAUGUUGGUUUAGUUUUGCUCAGUAUGUAUUGAUCUGAUUACUGCAGUUUUUUAAUGUAUUUAAUUUUGAACAGAGGCAACCUGGCAUCUGUUUUUGUUUCUUUUUUUCACAUC